UUAGUCGGUUUUGGAUCUUUAAAGUGUUGCGUUCGUCGCCUAAGUCUUUCGUUUUGUGCAUCUUCGUUGAUCAGUCGCACUGACUGACUAAUUUAUCUGUGUUGCUUGUGCUUUGUGAACCCGUUGUUAGAUCUGUGUGUGUUUUGUAGCUAAACUUAACAACAUGAAGUACACAAUCAUCGCUUUGUCUCUUUUCGCUGUCGUUUACGCCGCUUCCGAUGCUGGCCAGUUCGUGCCAAGAGCGUUCUUUACUUUGGACUCCGAGGGUCGCCAAUCGAAUGUGCAUCCAGUCAAUGCUCAUUUGCUGAGACGUCUGCGUCGUCAGACCGUGGGUGUCUCAUCGUCAUCGUCAUCCUCAUCCUCGUCAUCAUCUUCGUCCUCGUCGGGCAGUGGACAAGUUGUAACCAGUUCGACACAUCAUGUGCAAAAUGCUGAUGGAUCCAGCUACAGUGGCGGAACUGUUCAACAGAUCGUACAGCCCACAUUUGAAAUUGGACAACGUUUUGGUGAGGACUCUGCCUCGGGCACUGCAUCUACUUCGAACUUAGGAGCCGGCAUUGGUCUGUCGUCAACAGGAUCGCAGAGUACACGUCCCCAUGGAGUUAUUCACUCCUACUCCGACUACAAGGACAAAACAGGCCAUUAUCAACACCAUGAGAUGCAUAGCACUAUUGGCAAAGAUGGCAAGUGGAAAACUGAUAAGACCAGCUUCCAAUAUCCUCGUAAUUAAGUGCCCUUUUAGAUUAAUGGCCGAGAGCCUGUUGAUGUGAAAUAAGAAGUAAAGUUCAUAAACAAACACA